UUCAAAUAAACUCAACCGACAGCCAACCCUUCACCCUGCUCCUGUGACGGAGAGACAUCAUCAUGCUGUUGUUCCUCUUCCUGUUGGGUCUGGCUCUGGGUGCUGUGUCUCCUUCAGAUGACCCUCAAGGGAAGCUUGAGCGUGGCAGCUGUCGCCCUUUCUGGUACUCCUUCAACAACCGCUGCUACAAGUAUAUCGCCACAGACAUGGACUGGGCUGAUGCAGAGCUCCACUGUGUGUCAGAGGGAGCCAACCUGGUGUCUAUCCACAGUAGAGAGGAAGAUAAUUUUGUCAAAUCACUGAUCAAGAACUACGACCCUACUGAGGGAUGGACCUGGAUCGGACUCAGUGACACCCAGAAGGAGGGAAGAUUGAUGUGGUCUGAUGGGUGUGCAGCCAAGUUUGUCUCUUGGAGUUCAGGACAGCCAGACAACACUGGAGGAACUGAAGACUGUGUCCACACCAACUAUGGUCCUGUUAACAAAUGGAAUGAUUUGCCAUGUUCUAAUACUCAUCCCUCAGUUUGUGCAUCUCGCAUAUCUUGUCCUUAGCAACUGAGAUGUUACAUAUGUCUGAUUGAACCAGGUCACUGUAAAACUGUUACUCUGUCUGUUAACAUGCUUUGGACCACAAUAAAGACAUGAAUGUACACUU